UUUAGUUGGAGCCUCCAGGUGUCAGGCCUGAUCUGCACUUUCGACGUCGCGCCCCCAGUGUGAGACGCAGGAACGCAGGCCACGGCAGGGGUGAGGAGGCCGAGGCCCGCGGAGGGCUCCGGCCGGGUCCCCACGCCCCGCGGCCGAGCGGCUCCGCCCACAGGGGCCAGGCAGGGGGCAGGGCAGGGCUGCAGGGCCGAGCGGCGGCCACUCAGGAGGCGUCCAGCGAGCCGCGAGGACCAUGGAGCCGGUGUCCCUGCAGGACUUCGUUUGCGCCCUGGACCCCGCCUCCCUCCCGCGUGUACUGCGAGUCUGCUCGGGGGUCUACUUCCAGGGCUCCAUCUACGAGAUCUCUGGGAAUGAGUGCUGCCUUUCCACAGGGGACCUGAUCAAGGUCACCCAGGUUUGCCUCCAGAGGGUGGUCUGCGAGAACCCAGGAACCGGCCAGACCAUUGAAAUCGCCCCCACCUUCCGCGGCCACUUCAGCCCCCUCACCGGCCCCCAGAGCUACGGAACCCUGAACGAGCUGCUGUCUGCUGCAACCCAGCACUCCAAGAAGCUGCCCAUUUGCUUCAUGUCGACCCACAGAAUCACCACAGAGGCCAGGGUGGUGCCUGAGGACCAGCCCCUCCUGCUUGAGGCUGUGGAAAUACACCACGGGGCCAAC